CAACGGAUAUAAACAAAUCGGACCCAUGGGUAGGAAAGGAAAUUCCAGUGAAGGAAUUGCUGUCGGAGCAUAAAAUAGGAAAGAAAUACGAGAACGUGAGUGAUCCGCGCACACCACAAGGUGGGUCUGUUGAAAAGGGUAGAGAGAGAGAGAGAGAGAGAGAGAGAGAGGGGGGGUUAGAGAGAGAGAGAGAAAGUUGGUUUGGAGUCGUUACCGGAUUUGACCACAUACUAUUCGCCGGAAUUUGGGAACUCUGUUCGCGUCCGCCUCGGGGUUCCCCUGGAAUUUAGGGUUUCAUUUCACAUCUUACUGCUCAAAAUUAGUGCAGAAAUCCUUAGGUUUUUGGAUCGAGUUGGGUUUGGGAUCUGAACAGCCGCUGCAGAAUGUUUACGCCGAAGAAGAAGCUCUGGUCGCUGACUCCGAGCAGCGAACCGGGCCAAAAAAACGGUUCCGUCUCGGGUUUGAACACUAACCCCAUAAGCCCAAGAAAUGGCGAGGCAUCAGCCAAAGGCAAAUCCGUGGGUUUUCUUCAGAGCGACGGGAUUAUGGACCAAGCCUCGCUCACUGAGAGGGUUGCCAAGCUCGAAAAUGAGCUCUUUGAGUAUCAAUACAACAUGGGCCUUCUUUUGAUUGAAAAGAAGGAGUGGACUCUGAGCUAUGAUGAACUAAAGCAAGCUUUGGCAGAUGCGACUGAUACCCUAAAAAGAGAGCAAGCUGGUCGUUCAAGUGUACUCUCUGAGGCAGAGAAGCGAGAAGAGAAUUUAAAGAAAGCAUUGGGUGUCGAAAGGCAAUGCGUGCAUGAUCUCGAGAAGGCUUUACGUGAAAUACGCUCAGAAUAUGCUGAGAUUAAGUUUAAUGCUGAUUCAAAAUUGGCGGAGGCUAAUGCAUUAGUCACAAGCGUUGAAGAGAAGUCGUUAGAGGUUGAAGCAAAGUUUCAUGCAGCUGACGCCAAACUUGCCGAAAUAAGUAGGAAGAGCUCAGAAAUUGAGAGGAAAUUGCACGAAUUGGAGGCUCAAGAAAAUGCACUUCGAAGAGAACGGUCUAUCUUCAACACAGAGCGUGAAGCACAUGAUGCUUCUAUAUCUAAUCAAAGGGAAGAUUUACGAGAGUGGGAACGGAAGUUACAGGAAGCAGAGGAGAGGCUGGCUGAUGGUAGAAGACUGCUGAACCAAAGAGAGGAGAGGGCAAAUGCAAACGAUAAGAUUUUGAAGGAAAAACAGAAUGACCUUGAAGAAUUAAGAAAAAAGAUUGAGAUGGGAAAUUCAGCUUUGAAGAACAAAGAAGAAGAUGUAAGGAGCAGACUAGCAAGCAUAACUAUUAAGGAAAAGGAAGAUGAUGAUGUUAGGAAAAAAUUAGAGGAGAAGGAGAAACAAUUGCUGGAAUUAGAAGAAAAUCUGAAUACUAGAGAAAAGUUUGAGAUUCAGAAACUGUUGGAUGAACACAACAGAAUCCUUGCUGAAAAGCAGAAGGAGUUCGAGUUGGAGAUGGAGCAGAAAAGAAAGUUGAAUGAUGAACAUUUGAAAGACAAGGUCGUUGAAUUGGAGAAAAAGGAAGCUGAAAUUACACAUAUGGAAGAGAAAAUAAAGAAACGUGAACAGGCAAUUGAAAAGAAAACGGAGAAAGUGAGGGAGAAGGAAAUGGAUUUUGAAUCCAAAUCAAAAGCCUUGAAGGAAAAAGAGAAGUCCCUUAAAAUUGAGGAGAAAAACUUGGAGAAAGAGAGAAAGCAAAUGCUUGCUGAAACGGAAGACUUGCUUACUCGGAAGGCUGAGCUCGAGAGCAUUAAGAUCGACAUCGAGAAACUGCAGCAGAGAUUAAAUGAAGAGAGAGAACAGCUAAAAGUAACUGAAGCUGAAAGAAUAGAAUAUGCUCGCCUGCAAUCUGAGUUGAAAGAGGAGAUAGACAAAUACAGAUUCCAAAGUGAGCAACUUAUGAAGGAAGCAGAUGGUUUGAAGCAAGAAAAAGAGAAAUUUGAGAAAGAAUGGGAAGAGUUAGAUGAUAAAAGAACUGAGAUAAAGAAAGAACAAGAGGACGUUCUUGAACAGAAAAUAUAUUUAGAAAAACUAAGACAUUCUGAGGAGGAAAAACUUCGUGGUGAGAAGCUAGAGACAGAGCAAUAUGUACAAAGGGAAUUGGAAGCUCUUAAAUUGGCAAAAGAUUCUUUUGCUGCUAGUAUGGAGCAUGAAAAGUCGAUAUAUGCUGAGAAAACUCAGAGUGAAAAAAGUCAACUGGUUCAUGAUUUUGAAAUGCGGAAACAAGAACUUGAGACCGAGAUGCGGAGGAAGCAGGAAGAGAGAGAGAGUUCCUUGCAAGAGAGGGAAAAAUCAUUUGAACAAGAGAAGGAAAUGGAACUUAACAAUAUUAAUUACUUGCGGGAAGUAGCCAAAAGAGAAAUGGAAGAGAUGAAGUUGGAAAGACUUCGCAUGGAGAAAGAAAAAACGGAAAUGUCGCACAAUAAGAAGCAUGUCGAAGCACAGCAACAUGAGAUGAAAAAAGAUAUUAUGGAGUUGGUUGACUUGAGCCAGAAGUUGAAGGAUCAAAGGGAACAAUUCAUCAAGGAAAGAGAACGAUUCAUUGCAUUUGCUGAGAAACAGAAGAACUGCAACAUUUGUGGAGAGACUAUUAGCGAGUUUAUGCUGUCUGAUCUUCAUACAUUAACCGAAAUGAAAAACCUUGAAGCCCCUCCGUUGCCAAGGGUGGCAGAGAAUUAUUUGGAAGGAGUUGAAGGCACUAUCGCAGGGUUUGAUGCUGAGUCAUCUCCUGCUCGAGUUAACUCAGGAUCUCCUACUGCUCCUGGUGGAACAAUGUCUUGGCUCCGAAAAUGUACCACAAAAAUUUUCAAGUUCUCUCCUGGAAAGAAACUUGAACUUGAUUAUACGGAGGAUCUUGCAGGGUCGUCGGCACUCCCUGAGAAGCGAGAUGUGGAUUCACCAAAAUCAUUGCCCGGUGGUGAAAAGGAGGCAGAACCAUCCUCACAAAUCGCAAAUGAUUCUUUUGAUGUCCAAAUAGUUGAAUCUGAUAGUGCCAUUAGGAAGGUUGAAGAUCCAGUGAAUACCCAAGAAUAUUCUCAGAAAUCUGACCUUAAGGCACGUCGCCGUGGACCUGGCAAAGGGGGUAGACCUAGAACACGAACAGUGAAGGCUGUGGUCACUGGUUCCAAGACCAAUGGUAAUGCCGAGAAUUCUGUUUACACGAAUGAUGAAAGCCAAACAGAAUCUGAUCUUGUUGGAACAACAAAAGACAGAAGAAAGAGAACUCGGGUUCAUGGAUCACAGGCAACAGUAAGUGACAGUCAAACUGAAGGUCAUUCAGACAGCAUCAAGGAUGGUGAUCGCCCGAAGAGACGACAGAGAGUUGUCGCAGCUGAGCAAAGCGUUGGUCAGCGGCGAUACAAUCUCCGGCAGCCCAAAAAAUCCGUAGGAACGACAAAUGGAUCCUUACCUCAAGUUAGGAAGGGCAAGGAAAAUGAAUCAGAUAAACUGCCUGUCUUAGAAGCUGACCAAUAUGAAAAUUUUGUAACUGAGGGAGCUUCAAGGGAAGAAAUAGAUGAAUGCGGUGCAGCAGCUCCACUUCCCAAAAGAUUUGGUGGUGAAGAGCCUGUAAGAAGUAACAAUGGUGCUAGCGAGUUCUCUGCAGAUAGUCCUUUCAAAAAUGCAGUAGGCACUCGUAGAGAACAUGUGGAUGACAUGGUUCUGAGUGAGGAGGUGAAUGGAACAGCAGAAGAAGGCAUGGAAUACAGCGGUGAAGAAUUCAAAACCGAGAGCGAAGUUGAAGAAGGCGACAAUAAUGAAGACGAUGAGGUAGAGCAUCCCGGUCAAGCUUCCAUCGGAAAGAAGUUCUGGAACUUCCUCACUACGUAAAAAAUAAAAAUGUCCAGUUUCUCUGGUUUUUGAUUGUAUCCACGUUUUUAGCAUUAUUUCUUUGUUUUGCAGUGCAAAGAAUUUAUUUCUGACUUAGUUUGUGUGUAAUAGUUUGCAUAUAAGACUUAAAAACACAGAAGGCAAAUUCAUUCAGGCUGGAGGUGUUAGGUGUUUGUUAUUGUCUACAGUUUGUCUAGGGAUAGGUAAUUAAUGUAGUAGCAUUCUUGGACAGUAGCCACCAGUAUUUACACUGGUCUUGUUUUUUUCGUUUCCUUUUUCUUGACUUGUGAUUUUGUGUGUGUAUUAAAACCGUUCCCUUGGCUUGUAAUUUUUAUUAUGUCAAAAAUGUGCUUAAAUUUGUAGGA